AUGAUUCCAAACGGCUACUACGGCUUACAAUGGUCCAAUGUUGGGAUUGUCCGGUCGUUUCUAUAUCCAACCUCUGGCUAUACGACAGCCUUGUCAAGUGGACAAGAUGUAGCAUACAAUGCUUAUGGAACUCCAAUGUCAAUUGCUUCUUCGCCAUCAAGUCCAUUUACAAUUAAUUCUUUUGUUGCUGCAUCAGCCUGGUACGAUAACAAUACACUAAUGAUGACUGGUUCACGUGCAGGAAGUUUCCUCUAUGGUACAACUACUUCUACAACUAUACAAAUGACAUCGCAGAGUGUUCAACAGUCUAAUGGUAGUCUUCCAUCCCAAUGUACGAACUAUGUAACGAACAAUGACUCCACACGUUUAACAUCAUACAAUGCAUCCAGUGCUUGUGAUAAUUUAAUUUUCAAUCAGUUGACAUAUGUUCAUUUCAUUGCACCUAGUGGUACGCAAAUCCCUACAUCAUCGCCAGGGCCACACUACUGCGGUACAGAUGCUCCAGGUUGGAUAAGCACACCAUAUCCUACAACAGUCGGUCAAACAGUUAGUGCUACAGUUUGCUAUGAUUGGAAUAGUAAUUCAUGUCUUUGGCAAAAUCAAAUAACAAUCAUAAAUUGUGACACAUAUUAUGUUUUUGGUUUAAUAUUGCCAGUCUACUGUCAGCUACGCUAUUGUACCACCAAUGUACCAGUGACUGGAAAUCAAACCACAAUAACAACAACAGUGGCAAUGACACCUUUCUCAUAUUCAAUCUAUAACAAUACGGCUAUAGGAAGUGUUGUUUAUUCACAACAUUUUACGUAUUACACGACACCAACAUCGCAGUGUACUGCAUGGACUUCAUUCACUUCACAACUGCUUCCAUCUUUAAAUUACACAUCCUUGACAAUUAGCGGUACGAAUGAUCCAACGGGCAUCAGUCUCGCUGACCCAGUAGCUGUUGCAAACAUAGCUAACGCACUGUAUCAAAACACAGGUUAUAGUAUAACAGUAAAUGGAUAUCCAUGGUCUGUUGGUAUAUGUGGAAGUGGAAUCGAGUUAACCUGGAAUGCAGUAAUUUGUACAUGUACUAAUACACUCAGUUAUUCACUACGUCCCUGUAUUGGAAAUUAUAAUUGGGGAGGAGUUAAUACAAUAUCUUGUUUGGCAGCUGAUCAAACAAUGACUGUUACAUUUCAGUACGGAAGUGUUAGAAUUGUAACAACCCCGGUGACAACAACCAUCCCUGCGACCACAGCCUCGGUUAAUCAAAUUCCAUCUAAUUAUUUCGGUUUAUACUGGUUCAAUGUUGAUAUAAUUGACAUAUCACAAUCUCCAUUCAACACAAGUCUUUAUCAGUCGUUUGGUUUUAUAACAGCACUACGUAGCGGACGUUAUGUAGCAUUUAGUAUAAGUACUGCAAUGUCGAUUGGUACAUUCAAUUCAAUUACAACUUUUACAAUUAAUUCUUUUGUUGCUGCAUCUAUUUACAACGAUAAUAAUCCAUUGACAAUGACUGCUUAUCGCUUAGGCGUACUUCUUUACAAUCAAACUAUUGUGCUAGCUGAACAUGUAGCAACGUUGGUCGUUGCACCAUUAUUCUUUCAAGUUAGUGUACUGUACAUUGCACAAGGUAUGAAUGAAACACUGACAUUUGGUAUUCGAAAUGAUCCGAGUGUAACAUAUUUGGAUAAUAUCUCCGUAUUGAGUGGUGGACAGGAACUUCUUACGAAUGGAAAUUUCGAAUACGAAAAUCAACUUGGAUGGUCUGGUGCAUCACAUCUAGUUAGCGGCUCUGGGAUUUGUUACUCAUAUUGUUAUGCAGAUGGAAUAGUCGGCAGGUUAGACUAUGUUAGUCAAACAUUUCAGACAACACCAGGAUCGUUGCUUCAUGUCAGCUUCUAUAUCAGAUGGGGAGGAAGUGGUUCGGGAGUUAUUGCUAAUGUAACAAUAUAUCCCUGA